GAGAAGUUGUCAGCUGUCUGCGCGCGCUGCUGGCGGUACUAGCUGUGGGGAGGACGACCACCGCGGACCCUCGGAGUCAGUCGUGCCUCGUCCUUCGUCCUGGAAGGUCGUCCUACGGGAUGGUAUAGAUUGCCUGGCAUCCUGCUAUACAGGAUGACAUCUCUCGUGACGGUCGCGCUGAUGGCGGCCGCUGUGAUGGCUGCUACGCCGGACGAGCCUAGGGGCGUUAUAGGGGCCCGUAAGCUUGCCACCGCCGUCGACUGUAGCGGGGCGGUAGCCUUCUCUGGGGGCGGGCUGCGCGGCAUCCUCCCAGGCGGUCAAGUCAGCUAUCAGAGGGUCCUGAACGACCGUGGGGUCGGUUGGAGCUUGGAGACAGGGGAGUUCACGUGUCACUGCCCGGGACUGUACCAGUUCGCCUUCGCCGGCUACGGGGAAAAGCCUAACACCAGACUGAUGCUGAAGAAGAGGGAGGCGAACACUACGGAAUGGGUCGACGUCGUCGCUGCAGGAGGUCCAGCUGCUGGAGGAGGCUCCAGCGUUGCCCUCUUGGACCUGGAGGUCGGAGACCACACCGCCGUCUGGCUUCUAGAGGGAACUCUCCUUUCAGACACCACAUCCACGAGUUUCAGCGGAUACAGGAUCAUCAAGAAAUAGAGUCAGGAGUCCCUCAGGGUUAACUCUCAGCAUCUGUUCUUUUUCCAACAAUAGACAUCACCGAAUGCGAUCGGAAAAGGAACAGCUCCGUGGGUGGACUCCAUCAACGUGAUAUUAAACUAUUGCUUUGUACAUUACAACGUACGACUUACUUGCAUGGCUAUGUCUAGUAACAACCUGUGCCAUCUUGUCACCCACUACCCAGUACAAAUAACGUCCACCUUUCCAAUAGUAACAAUAGCCGUAGAUGCGGUGUUCUGUAUCAGCUGUGAUGUGUAUUAACCUAGUCAGUGUGUAUCGGCGAGCCCGGGCCGCCGUCUUGUGUACCGAGAGUGACUCAUGGGUAAGAUGUGUAUCUCCUAUCAGAACAUUGCAUGCGGGCAUGGCGCUGGCUGUAGAAUCUCUGCUUGUUGGUGCCAGCACAGAGCUCCCUUUUUCUUGUAAAAACUUUAUUGUGUGCCUGUACUUUUCCGAUUAAACUUUGUCAACACAGA